UCUACUGAUGAGUACAAAGAUGCUUGUGAGCUGUGGACAAUAUUUGAGGAGGCCAAAGAUCGUGCACCUGAAGAGAUUAAUAAAGAGAAAUUACGUCAGCAGUCCCAAGAAGAAGAUGAACGACAAGGCAAAAGGAAAUACAUUCUACAGAGGGGAAGACCACCAAAGUCUGCAAUUGCAUUGUCUGCCCCAAUGAUAUUAGAAGAGGAUGGUGAGCCUAUGACAAUAGAAAAUGCUAUUGAAGAGCUUUUUGGAGCAGUGAUGACAGCUAUGGAUCCUGAUGGAAGACUCUACUCCUAUGAUUUUCGUCUUUUACCUUCAAGAGAGAAAUAUCCAGAUUACUACCAGUACAUUGACAACCCAAUUGACUUGAAGAUUAUUGCACAAAAUAUUCAAGCUGGCAUCUACAAGAGUCUUGAUGAUUUACAUGAAGAUUUUAAUCUGAUGUUCAAUAAUGCGUGUGUUUUUAAUGAACCUGGAUCACGCAUUUUCAAAGAUGCAAGAACUCUCAAGAAAUUAGUUCAGUUAAGAAAAGGUGACCUGUUACAAAUUCUGAAUGCAAAGAAGAGCGUCCGAUUAAGGCGUAGUGUUGUAAAUAAGGAAUGGUCUCUGCUCAUGUCUGAACUUGAGGAUGGAAUGGAGUUACCACUUCCAGAAGAGGACUGUGGAGGAACAGAAAUGCCACUUGGAACUGCUCAAGAGGAUGAAGAAAGUGAUGAUGAUGUGGAUCCUGACAAUCCAUUAUGGCAACUUUUCUUGGCUGCUAAGAAUCUCACUGCACCAAAUGACCCAAACUAUCAGCUAGUGGAGCCAUUCAAACGUCUUCCAAACAGAAGAUGGCAUGCUGAUUAUUAUGUUGAGAUCAAGAAUCCUAUUUCUCUCUCUCAGAUCAGGAAGAAAAUUGUGAAGGGAGAGUAUCGUUUUAUUUCUGAUAUGGUUGAUGAUUUCAACUUGAUGUUCGACAAUGCUCAGCAGUAUAACCGACCAGACUCCAGGAUAUAUAGGGAUGCUGUAAAACUACAGAAAUUUAUCCAAACUAAAGCUGAUGAACUAAUGGAGGAUGAAAUAUGGAGACAAUUGAGAGCAAGAUAAAGGGUGAAAAAUAUGCAAGUGAGGAAGAUUUAGUUUCAGAUUUCAAGUUGAUGUUCGCAACUGUCAGAAAUACAAUGAAGACGGAUCACUCAUCUACUCUGAUGCUUACAACUCUUGACAGGGUGCUAAUGGAAAAGAUUCAAGAGCUUAACCAAGUUGAUACAAGUUCUGGCAAAGGAAAGUCCAUAAAAAGAAACAAGUACAAUCAAUACAUAUCAAACACGAAGAAUAUGAAGGCCCUCUAUAACUCUGUGCGAGAUUUUCGUGACUCUGAAGGAAGGCAGUUAUCUGAGGUGUUUCUCAAACUCCCAUCCAAGUCUUUAUACCCGGAUUAUUAUGAGGUGAUAAAACAGCCAAUUGAUCUAGAAAAAAUUCUUCACAAGUGGAAAAAUGGAGCAUAUAUGACAUUUGAUGACAUGAUGGGAGACUUCACAUUGAUGUUUCAGAAUGCAUGUCGAUACAAUGAACCAGAUUCUCAGAUAUAUCGGGAUGCCCUUACUCUACAAAGACAUGCUUUACAA